AGUUAACUUUCACCCCUCCAGCAUCAGCAAACACGCACACACAGACCUCACAGCUGACACAUCGAGAGAUGGUUUAGCGCGUACAAACGCUCGCUGAGCACAAACACGUGCGUGUCUGGAGUUUUAAAGCGCCGGUCACCAGUCUCCGCGCGUCAGUCGCGUCAAGGACGUGUUAAGAAAGUCAGAGGGAAUAUUUCAUCCGAUUCUACAGCUCAAGAUGCUUAAAACACCUCUUACUGCCUUCUGUAUUGCAGUCCUACUGAGUUGUAGCGGGGCAAAGCCAAAUGGAAAGAACAAAAAGCAAAAACAAGUUGUGCCUGCUAUAGACUGUGACGUACGGGCAGGGAGGAUCAAUGCGCCCGAAUUCAUUGUUAAGUGUCCCGCUAACUGCAGGGAGACCAAAGAGAGGGUGUAUGGGACUGAAGUGUUUGCCUCCAUAUCCAGUAUCUGCAAUGCAGCCAUUCACAGUGGGGUCAUCAGUAACUCGGGAGGAAAGGUUAUUGUGAAGAAGAUGGCAGGACAGGCCAGCUACAAGGGCAGCUUGGCCAACAGUGUCCGAUCUCUGUCCUUACCCACCUGGAGAGAGUCUUUUUCAGUCUCAGUGGGUAAACCAAAGAAAGGGGUGAUCUAUCCAUCCACUCUGGACUAUGCCACCCCGAAGCAAACCACUGUGAAAACAGCACCAGGAGACUACACAGAACCCAGCUUAACCACAACAACCACAGCUCCUCCCACAACCACAACAGUGACAAUUCCCACCACUACCACCACCACCACAGCCCGGCCCACCACAACAUCAGCCAAGCCACGAGCCACUCUUCAUAAGGUUCGGGAAGCAGGGAGCAGUCAUCCAUAUUUCAGCGCUUUAGCACGACAGUCACAGAACGCCCAAGGAAAAGGUCCCAUGCAAGCGUUUAGAAGCGGCUCCAUCAAUAGAUUCGUACCCCGAACAAACUCAGGUGUACAGAGACCAGAAACAAACGUUGCGGUGCGCAGACAGCCACCGGUUUCUUCUGGUGCAGCUUACAGUCGUGUGCAGACACCACAGCAUACUAAUCCCAUUUACGGUCGUGUGCAGACACCACAGCAUACGGCACAGUCUAAUCCCGCAUUUGCAAGAAGAGAUUGGACACACCCUGCAAACACACGACCUGAUUUGUUGUCUGGGACCAGGAGACCAACAGACAGUAGCCACUCUAUGCCAAACAGUGGCUAUAAAUGGGGCAAGGUGACCACAGGUGAUUCUACAGCACAUGACUCAAGGCCUGAUAACACAGAAUCUGAACCCUGGCUAAAUCACUUUGGACAGUACUCUCCUGGGCCAGAUGACAGCAAGGCUCUGUUAGAGACAAUCCACAACAAAGAGACUCCUACUGAAUCAUGGGACCCUGCAUUAAACCCAUUUGAGUCGGGGUUCAGAAUUCCAGAGCAGAACACACCAGCCAGAGCUCCCGAUAUCAUCUCUGAAGGAGAUCCAAAUUGUAAAGUUGAUGUGGCGUUUCUUAUGGAUGGCAGCUGGAGCAUUGGGAAACGACGCUUUAAGAUUCAGAAAGACUUUCUCGUGGAGGUCUCUCAGGUCAUGAAUGUUGGUGUUGUUGGACCCAUGAUGGGCAUCAUUCAGUAUGGGGAUGAUGCAGUCACAGAAUUCAGCCUGAAACAAUUUUCCAACUCCAAAGACCUGAAACCAGCCAUCAACAAAAUAGUCCAAAAGGGCGGCGUUUCUAAUGUAGGGAAGGCCCUCUCCUACAUCAACAAACAGUUCUUCAGUGACGCUAAUGGGAACAGAGGUGGAGCGCCAAACGUGGCUGUGGUCCUGGUGGACGGCUGGCCCACUGACAAAGUGGAGGAAGCGUCGCGUCUGGCCAGAGAAUCUGGAAUUAACAUCUUUUUUGUCACCAUUGAAGGUCCAGAUGAAAAUGAAAAACAAAACGUGGUUGAGGCCAACUUUGUCGACAAGGCUGUGUGCAGGACCAAUGGCUUCUACUCCCUCCCUAUAGCAAGCUGGUUUGCUUUGCGUAAAGCCGUUCAUCCUCUGGUGAAGCGAGUGUGUGACACAGAGCGCCUGGUGUGCAGUAAGACUUGCCUCAAUGCCAACGACAUCGCUUUCGUCAUCGACGGCUCCAGCAGCGUCGGAACCGGAAACUUCCGCACCGUCCUGCAGUUCGUGGCAAACGUCACGCGAGAGUUUGAGAUCUCGGACACGGACACACGUGUAGGAGUCGUACAGUACACAUACGAACAGAGGUUGGAGUUUGCUUUCGGACAGUACGACAACAAAGCCGAGCUGCUCAACGCUAUCAAGCGUAUAAACUACUGGAGCGGAGGAACCAGUACAGGAGCGGCUAUAACGUACGCUGAUGAUAAACUCUUCAGCAAAUCCAAACCCAACAAACGCAAGAUCAUGAUCGUCAUUACAGACGGACGCUCUUAUGAUGAUGUGCGGGCCCCGGCGCUGGCGGUACAGCGUAAAGGUGUGGUUGCCUACUCCAUCGGUAUAGCCUGGGCUGCACAGGAUGAGCUUGAAUACAUCGCUACUGACCCUGAUCGAGAGCACUCUUUCUUUGUGGAUGAGUUUGACAACCUCUACAAGUAUGUGCCAAAAAUAAUUCACAACAUCUGCCAAGAAUUCAACUCCCAGCCACGUAAUUGAAGCAGACAUAGAGAUUUGGAUCUGCUGGUAUACAAUUAAAAAUAUAAUGAUUUCGCAUUAACAAAUCACAAUCAUCCUAACAGUAUUACAGAUUUAAUAAAGCAGGACGCCUUUCUUUUCAUACGAAUGCAUUAAAAGAAAACAACUCAAGGUCAAGUUUCUUAUUAUGUCAUUUUACAAAAACAAUCAUUGUUUUUUUAAAGCCAGAGUUAGUUUUGGUGGAUGGCAGUGGGUAUGUUUUCAGUGAUUUUGGAUUAAUGUUUGAGGUCAGAAACUCAAUAAACAUUUCCUGAUAUGUAUGUCGAGAGAGACAUAGGAAGCAGCAAACACCUAACUUAUAGAAAGACGGUUUUAAGUAGAGGAUUAUAUUUUUACAUAUUGAAUAUGAUCAUUAAAUAUAACAAUAAUAUAGUUAACUUGGAGCUUAUUUUCUAUGCAAAGCAAUGUUUUUGUCAAUUAAAAAAAUCAUUGUCUAAUAAAUUCAUGUGUUCAGUGUCAAUAUAGGCAAUAUGUUGUAAACCGUUUCCAGUAAUAUUAGCUGAAUUUUAAUUGGCAUUGCAUGUUAAAUGGGACCUUACUGUAAAAUACAAAAUGUUGGUUAAACACAAAUUUGAGUUUUGAGUCAAUGGAUGCAAACAUUCAGAGAGUUUUGUGUUAACCAUUCAAACAGGUGUCAAUUACAGACCUUGUGAGUAUUUUUGUCAGCUUCUUUAUUGUUGUUAAUGUAUAUAUUACUUCUAAAAUUUGCUUGUAAGUUUUUGAAAGACAAUCAAUAUUUUAAUGCAUUUUUUAAUAAAAAAUAUGAUUGAAAACCAGCAAAUCUAUU